CAUACAGACUGGAGCAUUAGUGUUGCCUUCUAUAAAGCAGAGAAAAUGGGAUCAUCGGCCUAUUCCCCUUUGGAUCGAUUCAUCCGAGCAAACCCACACAGGAAGGUUGGAAUCAGGAGGAGGAAUCAUGAAAGGCCAUAUAGCACUGAAGAUGAGCUGGAAGUACCUCAGUUGUGCUGGCUUACUGUAACAAUUAUAAGCAUGAGAAAUGUCCACAAAGCAGAUCUGUGGAGCCAAACUGAUUGCUAUGUCAAGCUGUGGCUGCCGACAGCUUCAUGUCAGGAAGCCCGGACAAGAACUGUACGCAACUGCAGGAAUCCUGUCUGGAAUGAAACUUUCCACUUCGUGAUACAAAGUCAAGUAAAGAACAUCCUGGAGAUGACAGUCUGUGAUGAGGAUAUUUUUACACCAGAUGAUCAGCUUAUGACUGUUCGCUUUGAUGUAGCUAAAAUCCAACCUGGAGAAAAAAUUCACUUGAAUUUUGAGUUGAAUGCAGAGAACCAGGAAGAACUAGAAGUGGAAUUUCUACUGGAAAACAUCCCAGGGGUAUCUGAGAAGAUCAUUACUAAUGGCGUACUAGUGUCUCGCGAAGUUUCCUGUUUGGAAGUACAUGUGAAUGAAACAAAAAUGAAGAACUCUUACACAGGCAGAGAUUUCACGUUCACAAUGAAAGGAUCCUAUGAAGAAACCCAGGAUGUUUCCAUAGGUCCUCACUCCAGACGGGGAAGCAGUGAAACCACUAGGUUCCACUAUAUCAAGCACAGUCAACCCAGACUGCUCAUGACACUGCCAAAAGAGCAUGUUUUCUGUUGUCAUGGCUCAGCUAGAAGGGGAAUGGGUGUAAGUAGUCCCCUGGCUGUGCCUCUCCAUUCCCUGGACUUGGGAAAGAAAGUGGCAGUCAUGAGAGGGGAAUCUUAUGAAGUGUCUGUGAACGAGGAAAAUGGUUGCAAAAAUUUAGAUGUGCGGUUGGGGUUUGAUCUAUGUGCAGAAGAGCGGGAUUUCAUCUGUAAAAGGAAGAAAGUGGUUGCUGCUGCUCUGAAAAAUGUUCUUCAUCUAGAUGAAGACCUGCAGGAAGAUGAGGUGCCAGUGGUGGCAGUUGUGACCUCAGCAGGGGGUGUGCGAUCCAUGACAGCUAUGUUUGGCAGUCUUCUGGCUCUCCAGGAGUUAGGUGUUUUGGAUUGUAUCUCAUACAUCAGUGGUUUAUCUGCCACAACAUGGACCAUGUCAAAGUUAUAUGAAGAUGCAAAUUGGUCACAGAAGGAUCUCAGAGGGCCAAUUAGUGAUAUCAGGAAACAUGUGAUCAAGAGCAAGCUGCACUGUUUCUCAUUGGAUGAUAUGAAAUACUAUGAAAAUGAGCUUUGUGAGAGAAAGCAAGAGGGGCAUAAGCUGUCCUUUACAGAUUUAUGGGGGCUCUUCAUUAAUCGUAUGCUACAUCAUCAGGAAAGUACUCAAAAACUCUCAGAUCAGCAACUAGCAGUAAAUCAGGGGCAGAAUCCACUGCCUGUAUACCUGUCCCUCAAUGUCAAGGAUAACUUUAGCACUUUGGAUUUUAAAGAGUGGGUGGAGUUCACACCUUUCGAGGUCGGACUCCUGAAAUAUGGGGCCUUUGUUCGUUCAGAAGAUUUUGGUAGUGAGUUCUUCAUGGGUCAUCGGAUGAAGAAGAUCCCAGAGUCCCACAUCUGCUUCUUGGAAGGCACAUGGAGUAAUAUAUUUUCCCAGAAUUUUAUGGAUGCUGUCUAUCUCUCGGGUCAUUCGGAGGAUUUCUGGCACAGAUGGAUCCGAGACACUGAGCAUGACAUUGAGGAGCACCCUGCUCUGCCCAAGAAGCCUCAUGAACAGACAACUUGUUUAUCCAUUCCCAAAGGUUACCCUUCUAAUACUCUUCGAGAAAUGAUGACUGGACGGCCAGUGGUUUCAACUUACCAUAAUUUUCUCAAGGGCUUGCAGCUACAUAAAAAGUAUUUAGAGAAUGAGAGCUUUUGCAUGUGGAAAGAUACAGUGCUGGAUUCUUCUCCCAACCAGCUAAAUGAAACGGGUGACUACCUCAAACUGAUAGAUACAGCCUUCUUCAUCAACACCAGCUGCCCACCCAUUCUGAGGCCAGAGAGAAAAGUGGAUGUCAUUCUGCAUUUAAAUUACAGUGGAGGAUCACAGACUCUGCCGCUGGACCUAUUCUCAGAGUACUGUUUGGAGCAUGGUAUCCCAUUCCCCAGCACAGAGCUGAGCCAGGAAGACCGGGAACAUCUGAAGGAGUGCUAUGUGUUUGAGGAUAGCUUGGAGGCACCAGUCUUGGCCUUUUUUCCACUGGUGUGUGAUACUUUCCAAAAAUACAAGGCACCAAAUGUGGAGCGCAGUCCCACAGAGAUGGAGCAGGGAAGAGUAGAUGUGUCCAACUGUACUGCUCCGUAUGGCACUGGUCUGCUUACGUAUAGCGAAGAGAAUUUCAAUAAGCUGCUUAACCUGUGCUGCUACAAUAUCCUGAAUAAUAAACAGUUAAUUCUUCAGGCUUUGCAAACUGCAGUGGAACGAAAGAAGCGAUUUAAAAACUAUUCAUCACCUCAUUCACAUAAAUUCUCUUAAAGUAUAUUUUGUUGAAUCUCACCAGAAGGAGAUAUGCAAAUGUUUUGGUACUGGACUAAUGCAUAUUAAUCUGCUGCAAGCUCGCAGAUGUUCAUGAUGGCAACAAAAUUUGAUAUGAACUCCUUUGACUUCUGCAACAGUGUGGUGGUCAGUGUGUAGCUGCUGCUACAAUUUUAUUCCCACUGCCUUCCAAAGCACAGACAGGGGAAAGUUUAUGAGAUUUUCAUACUUGUCUUAGAAAAAUGGUUGCUUAAGAAAAUGUAUUUAACUGAUCAUUCUUAGAUCUUUGCUGUUGUCUGUAACAAUAUACAUACAUUGUAAUAGCUAUUGUUCAAAUACUAAGUACCCAUGCAUAAUCUUAU